AAGACCAUAGACUUGAUGAUGAGUUAUUUGGGGUCAUUCCUAAGCUUGUUGGACUAGGGGAUAAUGAGAAAUUGACUAUGGCUGCUACCUCCCUAGAAUUGAAACAGGCUUAUGGCGUUAGACCGCAGGCAAUGGAAGGCAUGACGGGUAUGGAUUUAUUGAGGACUUUAAAGGUGGAUAUGAGGCAUAAGCUAAGACCAAAGAUCAUUUGGGUCGACUGGUCCCCUCCUCCUUCUGGUUGUUUAAAGCUAAAUGUGGAUGGGGUAUCGAAAGCUGCCUUUUCUGCUCUUCCUUUUGCAGCUGCUUUUCAUGCGUCUGUUCACCUGAUUACAGCUGGGCUUCCAGCUGCUGUGGGUUUUGGUUUGUUGGGCACUGUUUACGUGCUUUGUUUGGUUGCUGCUGCUGAUGGGGCAUCUACGGAUGGACUGUUUUUGCGCCAUCACAUGGUCCAGUCUCUGCUCACCAGUUCUGUGCAGCUGGUUUCAGUUCUGGUUGAACGCUGCAGGGGUUCUGGUUCUAGCUUGAUGCUGCACUGGUUUAAAGCCAACUACGACUUUUCCUUUGCUAUUAAAGCUUUGUCUCUUUGCUUCUUAAUCUAUGAUGAUAAUGCUCUAAAUGCCCAUGCCGUGUGUUUGGAAGUCUGUUCAGCUCUUAGGCUGCAAGCUCAUGGUAUUAAACCCAAAGCAACCGAAGGAAUCAUGGGCACGGAGUUUUUGAAGGCUUUAGAGGUUGAGGUGAGGUAUGAGCUGAAACCGAAGAUUGUUUGGGUCAACUGGUCUCCUCCUAUUCCUGGUUACUUAAAACUAAAUGUAGAUGGGGCAUCAAAGGGCAAUCCAGAAUGGGGCAAAAGCUUCAACAACGUUGCAAGAUGUCACAAAGAACUCUUGUAUGCCUCCUACAAACCCGAAUCUACAAUCUACAACAGAUAUUGCAAAAAUCCUUCCACAAUCGGUGCAAUUGUCCGAGUUAGGCAGAUGGUGCAAAUGCUUCAGGAUCGCAACAGAAAAGUCUAUGAAGAUAUCUCACUUUCGGCCCAUGCUGUUUUUCUUGAUAUUUGCUCCUCUUUGCGUCUUCGGGCUUAUGGUACUCGUCCCGAGGCAAAGGAAGGCAUGAUGGGGAUGGAUCUUUUGAGGGCCUUAAAGGUGGAGAUGAGGCAGGAACUGGAACCAAAAAAUAUUUGGAUUAACUGGUCCCCUCCUCCCUCCGGUUUUUUAAAGCUAAAUGUGGAUGGGGCAUCGAAAGGAAAUCCUGGAAGAGCUGGGGCUGGAGCUGUGCUGGGGAUCGUGGCUCAUUUUGUUGCUACAGCUGGUUUUAUCAGACUUUAUCUUUGCUUUCUUGUCGCUGCUGCUGGCCACCUCUGGUAUCUUUUUCUUCAGCUGGUUUUGCUGAUUUUCUCAUGGUCUCUCAGCGGUUCUUUCAUCUGCUUGACGCUGGCUAUUGGUCUGCUGCUGUGGGUUUCUCUGUUGCUGCUUCCUUCGGCAGUCAGCUGGGGAUUUGUUCUCAGCGGGCUCUCAGUUGCUGUGUUGGUUCUGGGCUUAUGUUCAUUCCUCAUGGUUUUCAUCAUCUCGCAGUUGCUGUCUCUUGGGUUUCCAGCUUUCCUCCAGCUGAAUUUUCUGGAUCUUCAGCUGGACUCUCAGCUGGCUUUUGCUGGCCUUCAUGUCCCAUUUUAUGUCCUUUUCUUUUUUGAUGGUUUAUGCCACAUUGGCUUCCUUGUUUUUGUUAAAGCCCGGCUUCCUUGCUUCUUGUAA